AGCAUGCUGGGUACUGUCCAGUAUGUCUCUCUCAACGUUCACAAUGGCACUUGGCCCUCACAACGGGAUGAUCUGAUAUCCCUGGCAUACGUUCUGGUGCAUCUCGCUCAAGGUGGCCUCCCUUGGCACACAGUUAGCUUUGAUGAUGUCCAGAAGCCGGAGUUGAUUUCUUUGAUAAAGAGGUCUACACCUGUACAUCAGCUUUGUGAGGGCCUCCCUCUAGCAUUUACGUUAUUUCUUGAGUACUGUAACUCCCUUGGACUUACUGAUGACCCAGACUAUAAGUUCAUUAAGUCCCUCUUUAUGGAUGUACUGGAAUCACACCCUUUCAAAGCCAACUUCAAUUGGCAGCUUUGA